AUGAGGCUACCAAACGAGGGAUGGUAUGGCGGAACUGGAGCGAUUGGUGUUGAAGAGAGGUGGGCUUUGAGGUUGAAAAUAGGCCAGCUACAUGAGGCUGAGCGAAGGACGGUCAACGUUGACCGCAGAAAAUGUACGUCUGCAUUUGCCGCAGAUUUCUUUAAUAUCUACCAGCACCUUCGCCCACAGGCUCUCUUCCCCCCUUCUAGAUCGCUCACUCCCCAUACCUUAAUAUUCUUUGCCAUGUCAUCAUCACGUCCUAUCCAAAAUUCACCCUGGCCAGACCCGACACCAGCCGCGUCGACGUCUUCUUCCUCUUCAAGACGGUCAACCAAACGGAGACGGAUCCAGCAUAAAGCUCUCGAAGCUCGUGCGAGCACUUCAAAGUCGGCGAGGAGACAAAUAGUCGCAGAUCAGAGUGAAGUCCAAACAGCUCUCGUCAACUGCGAAUUCUAUUCGGGCAAUAAUGUCUUUUCCUGUUUUCCGACCGCACAGACGGUAAUACCCCAGCACCAGUGGGCUUCCUUUGUUUGGAAUUCCCGCCGGCCUGAUUUGACGCAGACGAAUCUCGUUGAUAUUUUCCUCUUCCGUGGUGACUCGGGACAACAGAUAUUACACUUUCCUAAUACAAGCAAUCCCACCGAUCAAGCAGGCUUGUUAACUGCACAGGUCAACGACUCAUGGUGGGGCACGGAUGGUAAGAACUGGAAUGGGAGCAACAUUAGUUAUCCUUUCUACUGGGUUAUCAUCCGGAGCGACAAAACGCUCGAUGGCAACCAAGUCGCCCAGCCCACAUUCACCGCCGUCCAAACCACAUAUGCAGACUCGGUAAUUGCAUCGUCAUCAGCCUCAGUAGCUUCAGCGUCAUCCGCAUCAUCCGCCUCGGCCGCUUCUGCUUCCGCAUCCUCCUACAGCGCCUCAGUAAAGUCCCAAGGCACAUCCCCCACCUCUGCGGUUCAACAUACCUUGAACGCCUCCUCCUCCUUUCCGCACUGGGCCAUCGCAGUCAUCGUCGUCCUGGGGUUCCUCGCCAUCGUUGCCUCAUGCGUGCUAGUGUUCCUCAUCCUUCGCCGGAUACGUCGCCGGAGGGAGAAGGAGGAAAGCGAGGCGAAUCGGAAUUCUAUGGGAUCCGCGUCACCCAUGAUGGCUAACGCUGCGAACACCUCGCCGCUACUAGGCGGGACUGCUGCACUCCUGCCCCCACCUACGCGGCCCGGCAGCGGCGGCGGCGGUGGCGGGACACUAUCAAGGCAUGACAGCCAACAACAACUUGCUCCAAGCAUGACGCAUGAUGCGGAAUCAACGACAUCGCGGCCGGGCAGUGCAGGUGACAGCGGCCCGUUCAGCGGGGCUGAUGCGGCCAUCAUGGCUGAUGCAUUCAGAAAGAUGUUGAGGAAGCCGGACUUUGCAGCCGCUGGGCCUGUGGAAGAGGGUGAGGGCCCCGAGGGGCAGGAUGAGCAGAUUAUUAAUCGGGAGUUGGCGGAGGAGGGGAGGGAUAUUCGGAGUCAAAAUUUCCACUCCACCGUUGGCUAUCCCACGGACCCUUUGGCACCCUCUUCUUCUCCAACCCCACCCAUCAACAACCCAUCAUUAUCAUUCAUCAUUGUUCUGACCUCAUUGUGUUCUACUCUAUUCACUUGCAUUUCCACCCCCCUUCUCUAUCACCCGAGGGACCGACCACUUAUUAGCUCUUAUACCUCCCGCCUCAUGUGCAUUUAUUCUCAUUACUUUAUUUCCACCCUUAUCCACCCCCUCUUGCCAACAGGCGCUUUCUCGUUCCCUUUACCCGCCUCCCACUCGUCACUUCGUCCCCACUGCAGCAGCAAGGUUACCCCCCCUCUGGUCGAAUACCCUCAACAACACCUGCCUGGACUGGCCCGCUCGCGCUUACUCGUACAAACCCCAGCUAUUCACUCAAUCCAACUCGAGCCUCUCGACUUUUUUUACUUGAUGCUCGUCCCACACUCGUUUUUCUUGGCUCUUCACACACCACUUGCCCCUUGUUCACUUUCAAACCCUUUCUUUUUCGCAUUGCACUACUCUUUGUUCUAA